AUGUCUUUGAGCCGUGAGGAUAGUGUGUUUUUGACCAAGUUGGCUGAGCAAGCCGAGAGAUAUGAGGAGAUGGUGGAGAACAUGAAGGAUGUUGCCUCUGCUGGACAGGAGUUGAGUGUCGAGGAGAGAAACUUGUUGUCUGUUGCAUACAAGAACGUUAUUGGUGCUCGCAGAGCUUCCUGGAGAAUUGUCUCUUCCAUUGAGCAGAAAGAAGAGAGCAAAGAGAACUCGGAACACCAAAUCAAAUUGAUCAAGGACUACCGUGCCAAGAUCGAGGCAGAGCUAACUAAGAUCUCCGACGACAUCUUGUCGGUGCUAGAUAAGCACUUGAUCCCAUCCGCCUCCUCCGGCGAGUCUAAGGUCUUCUACUACAAGAUGAAAGGUGACUACCACCGUUACUUGGCUGAGUUCUCCCAAGGCGACGUGAGAGAAAACGCUACCAAGGCCUCCCUAGACGCUUACCAAAAGGCCUCCGAAAUCGCCACCACUGAAUUGCCACCAACCCACCCUAUCAGAUUGGGUUUGGCUCUAAAUUUCUCCGUGUUCUACUACGAGAUCCAAAACUCUCCAGACAAGGCUUGCCAUUUGGCCAAGCAGGCUUUCGACGACGCUAUCGCAGAAUUGGAUACUUUGUCUGAAGAAUCCUACAAGGACAGUACUUUGAUCAUGCAAUUACUAAGAGAUAACUUGACCUUGUGGACUUCUGACAUGUCUGAGGCCGAUGACCAAAAGAAUGAAGAAUCUAAGUGA